AUGGACGUAUUCAACUACAUUCUUACCACCAAUACGCACAACACCAGCACCGACGCCUUUCAGCCCCAGCCAUACGUCGCGAAUGGAUAUAUUGGAGCUCGCCUUCCCAUUGCCGGUGUCGGCUACCAGGUCUUCCAGCCGACGCUGAACAAUGCCACUUUCCACAAUGGAACCCAAGGCUGGCCUCUCUUCACGGGUCGACAGACGGGGACCACCGUCGCUGGCUUCUAUGCGCAGGUUUCCAACGAAGACGUACCAGGUACAAACUACGUCAUCCCCGGUGGCCAACAGGUGAUUUCCCUCCUGCCCGCCUGGGCUUCCCUUUUCGUCUCGGUGCCCUCUGGACAGGACUAUGCGACCUACUCCUCCGCCUCGGAACCCACCACGAUCUCUAACUACUCGCAAUCCAUGUCGAUUCGCGACGGCCUCGUAUCGACAAACUUGACCUGGACGGGUGCCGGCAGCGGGAAUGAAAGCAGCGGUCUGCGGCUGAGUUACACGGCGUACGCUCACCGUGCGCGUCCCAACGUCGGCGUGUUGCGUCUGGACGUGUCCGGGCUGCAGCCCAACGCGUCGGUCGUCAUCACCGAUGCCUUGGACGGUAGUGCGGCCCGUCGGGUGAUGAAUGAAACGUCCGGCGUCGAAGGUUCCGCGAAUCAGAUCAUCUUCAGCUCGGUGCAGCCGGUCGGUGUUCCCAACGUCACUGCUUGGGUGUUCUCUGCCUUUGACAUCCUAGCCAGCGGAAAUUCGAGCGACUCAACGGCGAACACGCAGGUGCUGGCGAAAGUCACUAUGCCAGCUAACGUCGCUUCGCUCCUCGGAAGCAACACAUCCACGAUCGCGCAGUCCUUUACCGUCGCAGCGAGCUCUAACGGAACGGUCAGCGUCGUUAAGUACGUCGGCAUCGCCUCCUCCGACGCAUACACGCCCAAUGAGCGGGUGCAGGCACUGAACGCAUCCGUCGUAGCUCGGCAAGCCGGCUGGGACGCGCUGCUGACGGAGCACACGGCCGAGUGGGAGACCAUCUGGUCGGAGGGGGGGGAUGUGCAGGUCAAUAACACGCGCAAUGACGCGGUGCUCAACGCGCUACAGGCGACGACGCGGGCCUCGCUCUUCCACAUCCUUGCCAACGUCCGCCGCGGCUCGGAGCCGACGGGCCUCGGCGACAACUCGAUCGCCCCCGCCGGCCUGACCAGUGACAGCUACGCCGGCGGCAUUUUCUGGGACGCAGAAACUUGGAUGUAUCCAUCGCUACUCAGCCUGUUCCCCAGCUUUGCGGAGAGCAUCAACAACUAUCGCCACAGGCUCUUUGGCGCUGCAACGCUCAAUGCACAGCAGUAUAACCGCUCUGGGCUCCUGUACCCCUGGGUGUCAUUCCGUUACGGUAACUGCACCGGUAUUGGGCCCUGCUUCGAUUAUGAGUACCACCUGAACAACGACAUCGCUCUCGCCCAAUGGCAAUACUACCAAGCGACUGCUAACAAGACCUUCUUGCAAGAAGAGGCAUGGCCCAUCAUGAAGUCCGUCAGCGACUUUUGGGCUUCGCAAGUCGUCAAGAACGCCGAUGGGACGUACACCACGCUCAACGAGACUGACCCCGAUGAGUACGCGAACCAAGUCAACAAUGCGGCCUUCACUAACGCGGGCAUCAGCAAGGUGCUCAGCGACACAAUCGAGGCAGCCAGUAUCCUGGGCUACCAGGACCAGGUGUCUGCGAACUGGUCCGACAUCCUGGCCAACAUCACGAUCUUGAAGACGAAAGACACUGGGAACCCGAUCACAUUGGAGUUCGAAGGCUACAACGCUUCACUGGCCGUCAAGCAAGCCGACGUCGUCCUGCUGACUUACCCGCUCGAGUACGCCGGGCAGGCCGACCCUCUCGCCGAUCUAACCUUUUACAGCACCGCCACGUCUCCCAACGGACCCGGUAUGACCUAUUCCGUCUUUUCCAUCGACUCUGCGCAGCUCGCGCAGAGCGGCUGCGAGAGCUUCACGUACCUGCGCUCCAGCUCCGAACCGUAUGCGCGCGAUCCGUUCCUGCAGUUCAGCGAGCAGACCAGUGAUAUCUACUCGCAGAACGGCGGCACCAACCCUGCAUACACCUUCCUGACGGGCCAUGGUGGGUACCUUCAAACUUGGACACACGGCUUCACUGGGUACCGCACGCAUACAGAUCGCUUCUACCUCGACCCUAGUCUACCGCCGCAGCUUGCAGAUGGCGUCACAGUGGCGGGCAUGCAGUUUCAGGGCAACACUUUUGACGUGGCUCUCGGCGGGAGCGAAACGAUCAUCACCCUUCGCGCAGGACGUGGUUCCGCCAAGAUCGAGAUUGCUCCCGCGAAUAAAGCGGCAGGUAAUUACACGCUCGAACAAGGCCAGAGCAUAAGCGUCCCGACGCGACGCGUAGACCUGGCGGCACCCGCCUACGCCGGCAAUGUGGCACAAUGCAAGACGGCGUCUAGCAACGUCUCAUGGGUUCCGGGCAGCUACGACAUUGCCGCCAUCGACGGGAGUAAUGCGACAUUCUGGCAGCCGAAUACCGCCAGCGCGUCGGCGCUGACGAUCGACCUCGGCACGUCACAGAAUAUUUCGCGGUUGCACAUCAAUUGGGGCAAAAACCCCGCGACUUCAUUGUACGUGCUUACGGGCGAGGACGCGAGCGCGCUGACGCCCGUUGUCAAUGCCACGCAAGUGCAGAUCAGUGCACCGUACGACGUUGUGCAGGCGGCCGUCGUCGCGAUCAAUGCCGGCAACACGAGCGACGUCCCGCUGGCACAGGCCACCACGGCGCGCUACGUCCAGCUCGUCAUCGAAGGCGCCAUGAUGCCCAACGCGGAGUUCGGCCAUGGUGCCACGGUUGCCGAGGUGAAUGUUAUUUCAUCUUAA